AUGGCUGAAUCAGAUGGUGAAGCACGUGUGGCCCUUUAUUUGUCAAUUUAUAGAGAAACUCCUUGGAGAAACCACAGAACCAGCUGUGCUGGGAGCGAAUGCCACCUCAACACCUUCAGCUUCACAAAAGUGGACAUGGGUCAGCAGCCCCUCAGAGUCAAUGAUAAGGUUUAUGCUGAAAAUGUGGACAAAAGACAAAUUAUUCUGUAUACUUCAGCUCAUCCCUGUCCUUUGACAGUGCAUCUAGAGAUGCUAGGGGCAACCAUCCAGCAUCACUGUUUCCUUAUCUUUCUACAAAUUGCCAGAAGUAUCAUGUACAGGGUCACCACCAAUUCCACUGCCGCUCACAAUGGCCUCUCAUCACCCUUCUUUAAAUGCAAGUACCCACCUGUAAGUUUCUGUUUCUACAAAAAUUCUAACGACCUCAUUGGAAGUCGGGAUGACCAAGGUUCCCCAAGAAUAACUGAUUUGUCUCCUUCUGUACCUCACUGUGUCGUCUUGCUACAUGCGGUGCAAGAGAACAGAGAGAUCAACCUGUCAAUCAAGACUUUGUUCAGCUGCAAGCAGCAGAAACCAGAGAUAAAUGCUUCCCCUGCUCCUCCUCCUCCACCUUCCCCUGCUCCUCCUCCUCCACCUUCCCCGGCUUCUCCUCCACCUUCACCUGCUCCUCUUCCUCCACCUUCACCUGAUCUUCUUCCUCCACCUUCACCUGAAACUGCACCUCCACCUUCCCCUGCUCCUCCUCCAACUUUCCCCGCUCCUCCUCCUCCACCUUCACCUGCUCCACUUCCUCCACCUUCACCUGAUCUUCUUCCUCCACCUUCACCUGUACCUCCUCCACCACCUUCACCUGGUCCUCUUCCUCCACCUUCUCCUCCACCUCCACCUGCUCCUCCUUCUGCACCUUCCCCUGCUCCUCCUCCUCCACCUUCCCCUGCACCUCCUCCACCACCUUCACCUGCUCCUCUUCCUCCACCUUAAUCGGCUCCUCCUCCACCACCUUCACCUGUUCCUCUUUCUCCACCUUCUGCUCCUCCUCCACCACCUUUACCUGUUCCUCCUCUUCCACCUUCACCUGCUCCUCCUCCUCCACCUUCACCUGCUCCUCUUCCUCCACCUUCACCUGCUCCUCCUCCUCCACCUUCACCUGCUCCUCCUCCUCCACCUUCACCUGCUCCUCCUUCUCCACCUUCUCCUGCUACUCCUCCUCCACAUUCACCUGUUCCUCUUCUUCCACCUUCACCUGCUCCUCCUCCACCACCUUCACCUGCUCCUCUUCCUCAACCUUCCCCUGCUCCUCCUCCACCACCUUCACCUGCUCCUCUUCCUCCACCUUUACCUGCUCCUCUUCCUCCACCUUCAUCGGCUCCUCCUCCACCACCUUCACCUGUUCCUCUUUCUCCUCCUUACCCUGCUCCUCCUCCACCACCUCCACCUUCACCUGCUCCUCCUCCACCACCUUCCCCUGCUCCUCGUCCUCCACCUUCACCUGCUCCUCCUCCUUUACCUUCACCUGCUCCUCCUCCUCCACCUUCACCUGCUCCUCCUCCUCCCCCUUCACUUGCUCCUCUUCCUCCACCUUCACCUGCUCCUCUUUCUCCACCUACCCCUGCUCCUCCUCCUCCACCUUCACCUGCUCCUCUUCCUCCACCUUCACCUGAUCUUCUUCCUCCACCUUCACCUGCACCUCCUCCACCACCUUCUCCUCCUCCACCUUCACCUGCUCCUCCUUCUCCACCUUCCCCUACUCCUCCUCCUCCACCUUCACCUGCUCCUCUUCCUCCACCUUCACCUGCUCCUCUUCCUCCACCUUCACCUGCUCCUCUUCCUCCACCUUCACCUGCUCCUCCUCCU